AUGGCCAGAGGACGGAAACGCGAUCUCACAAUCCAAGCCUCUCGCUCGCUCGUCCUCCAGCGCGCCUACAGGGACCGAAAGGCAAAGUACGUCGCCGAGCUGGAAGAGCGGUGCUCGAAGGCGGAGGCGGAGAACGAGCAAUUGAAGCAGGAGCUCGUGCUGCUACGCGCGAGCAGCGGCGACGGCGGUGGUGAUGCUGGUGGACGGCACGCGGUCGUCGAUCCUCACCUUAUGCUAGACACCUGCUCGGAGAUGAUAUCAGGCCUGGACAAGACGAAGGAACUCGUCUCUCGCCUACAGCAAGCCGCGCAGCGGUCGAACGCGGCACCACAACGGCGCCCACCCCUAGCACCGCCAGCUACGCACUCGGACGCGGGCGAAACGUCGAGGACGACACCGGCGAGCGAGGCGGCGGAGCUCGCCAUCGCGACGCUCCUCGCGCGGUUCUCCGAGCAGGGGGCACCGAUCGCCGUCUCUGAUAUGCAGGCGGAGACAGCUUCGACGACGACGACGACGAGCGCGAUCGACGAAGAGGAGUGUUGCGGGGGGAUACUCGACUGCAGGGGUCUGGUUGAAGAAGAAGAGGACGAGACGAUGGCGGCACCGAACGAACCAGGACCUCCCUGA